CAGAUCUGCUGCACAGACCAAACAUUAGUGUUCCCAUGGCGCUCGAAUGGGUUGUGCUUGGAUACGCCGCCGCCGCCGAGGCCAUUAUGGUGCUCCUCCUCACCGUUCCUGGCCUCGACGGUCUCCGCAAAGGCUUGAUCGCUGUUACCCGAAAUUUGCUCAAGCCCUUCCUCUCCGUCGUCCCGUUUUGCGUCUUCUUGCUCAUGGAUAUCUACUGGAAGUACGAGACUGGUCCUAGUUGCGAGGCUGACUCCUGCACCCCAACGGAGUCCCUCCGACACCAGAAGUCCAUCAUGAAAAGCCAGCGCAAUGCCCUCCUCAUUGCCGCCGCUUUGGUCUUCUAUUGGCUCCUCUACUCCGUCACCAAUCUCGUUGUUAAGAUUGAGCAGUUGAAUCAGCGGAUGGAGCGCUUGAAGAAUCGGGAUUGA